AUGGACCUGGUAUUGAAUUUGAAGAGGACAUUGACAUUGUUAGUGAAUCUGAACCUGGUACUGAGCAUGAAAAGGAUACUAAAGAUGGACCUGGUAUUGAAUUUGAAGAGGACAUUGACAUUGUUAGUGAAUCUGAUAAUGCCUCAGAAAAUACUGCUAAUUAUCAACAUGGACACCUACCUCCAAUCCGCAUUGAAAUUUACUGUGGAAAAACCUUUGGAACUUGGGAAGAAUAUCAAGAGACAUUAGAACGUUACGCACAUCAAAAUAACUUUGCGAUCAAAAAAAAGCAGUCUGGUAAAUAUGUCUCACGUAAAACUGCUCCACCUGAAAAGCAAAGAAAUAAGGGUUCAAAAAGAAUUGGUUGUCCUUUUCUGGUGAAUGCAUACAAGAGUAAGGGCCCUGAUAAUGAAACUAUAAUUAA